AUGAUCACACAUGUAGCCAACAGACGAUCUGCGGCUAGCCACUCAUCGAUGACGUCCGCCCGUGGGCGGCGAACGCUCGGACGAGUUGCGACCAGACGCCGCCCCGCUGAUCGCGGCGUGAAGAACGAUCCCAAUCGAAACGGAUCGAUAUCCUCGGUCGUUCCUCAGGGUCUACCAAGCAGUAGCAGAAUGACAGCGUCAUCAUUAGAA